CUGUGCAAUGGACCACGUAGCGAUCCCCCUUCUCCUGGGCAUGGCCACUGUCACCUGGGCCCUGCCAGUCCAGAAUUCCUCUGGUAUCAACGAGAGCAGCAAACGGUUUCGAAGAGGACUUUCAGCUAAUGAGAUCCUGUUGCAAAACGAGAUGACAGCAAUGGACAAGAUCAUGGAGGCCAAUGAAUACCAAACUGACCCCGUCAUCGAGGGCACCAGUUUCAGGGAGGGCGACAUCGCCGUCACCAACAGGAGGGGUCUGAAGAGCUGCUUUGCACGGACCUGCCUGUGGCCCAUGUCUGUGGACGGAUAUGUGUAUGUUCCCUACCUCCUGUCCCCGUCAUACGAUGACAUGGACAGGAUCAACAUCCAGAGCGGGAUGGAGGCCAUUGAGAAUGGCACCUGUAUACGCUUCGUCCCCUGGACUCACCAGAGGGACUACAUCGACAUUCAGCCCAAGUCUGGAUGUUGGUCGUACCUGGGGGCUCACGGGGGCGGGCAGCUCCUCUCCUUAGAGCCGCCCAACUGCAUGACGUCGGGGGUCGUGUCCCACGAGCUCAUGCAUGCCCUCGGCUUCCUACACGAGCAGUCCCGUGCCGACCGGGACAAGUAUGUCACCAUCCUGUGGGCCAACAUCUGGAAAGAUCGCGUGAGGAACUUUGGAAAGUACAAAGCGAACAACAUGGACAGCCCUUAUGACUACAGCUCCAUCAUGCACUUUGGGAAGUUUGCCUACUCUGAAGAUGGUGAGCCAACUAUUGUCCCGAAGAGGAACCCCAAUGCCAAGAUGGGACAGAUAUUUGGCCCUAGCGACAUGGACAAGCGCAAAAUUAAUAAACGCUACAAGUGCCGUAAGUGCUGCUUGUGA